AUGAAAAGCAAUGCAGUUGAAGGCACAGAAAUGCAAAAGAUCAGUAAAGUGUCUGUGAACUCUACCCAUAACAACGGUGAGCAGUCUUCUGGCAACGCCACUCUCGGCGACGUGUCUUCUGGCAACGCCACUCUCGGCGACGUCCAUCCCUCUUCUGGCAACGCCACUCUCGGCGACGUCCAUCCCUCUUCUGGCAACGCCACUCUCGCCGACGUCCAUCCCUCUUCUGGCAACGCCACUCUCGCCGACGUCCAUCCCUCUUCUGGCAACGCCACUCUCGCCGACGUCCAUCCCUCUUCUGGCAACGCCACUCUCGCCGACGUCCAUCCCUCUUCUGGCAACGCCACUCUCGCCGACGUCCAUCCCUCUUCUGGCAACGCCACUCUCGCCGACGUCCAUCCCUCUUCUGGCAACGCCACUCUCGCCGACGUCCAUCCCUCUUCUGGCAACGCCACUCUCGCCGACGUCCAUCCCUCUUCUGGCAACGCCACUCUCGCCGACGUCCAUCCCUCUUCUGGCAACGCCACUCUCGCCGACGUCCAUCCCUCUUCUGGCAACGCCACUCUCGCCGACGUCCAUCCCUCUUCUGGCAACGCCACUCUCGCCGACGUCCAUCCCCCUCUUCUGGCAACGCCACUCUCGCCGACGUCCAUCCCUCUUCUGGCAACGCCACUCUCGCCGACGUCCAUCCCUCUUCUAUGA